AAGAUGAUCAGAUGUACUUGCUUCGGCAGUACAUAUACUAAAAUUGGAACGAUACAGAGAAGAUUAGCAUGGCCCCUGCGCAAGGAUGACACGCAAAAUCGUGAAGCGUUCCACAUUUUUUGCUAUUUCUUUUGGAAAUUGUAAAAAGGAAAAGAAAAUUGUAUUACUUGGAAACAACUGUUAACAAAUUUAAGAUGUAAUUUUAAAAAAUUUCAAAGUAUAUAAUCAAUUUAAUAAAGUGUGUUCAUAUUUAAAGAAAGUAUUUUUUAAAUGUUAUGUUUUUGUACUUAGAUAAAAUUGUAGUAAAUGCGUAAUUACUUAAAUAGUAAAUAUAUAUGAAAUAUCUUAAUAAUAUUUAUUAAUGCCAGGGAGAAUACUCUCUGUCAAUACUUAACGUAAUUUAGUUCCAUUGAAAACAAGGUUGGUUCUUGUAGUGAUGGCAUACAAUGUAUGACGUUUUCAAAUUGAAUUGUUAACAAAUUCUCUUAAAGCAGCGCAUUUUUCUUAUUGAGAACGAAAAGAAUGAAAAAUAAAAUGAAUACAUACUAGGCGAAUCGUGGUCGGUUAUAGUAGUACAAUUUAACAGUAAACAAUAAAUUGUCCUCAUAUGUAUUGUAUUUCUGGUCGCGUGUUGUGGUUUGCGUUUUCAGUAAUAAAACGCGUGAUUAAUAUAUCUUUUAAAAAGACUUUUAUUUUAAAAAAUAAUAUAUACAGCUGACGUUACUAAAUAAAAGAAGAGCUCAUAUGACAUGCUUCUUUGGAUACCGGUUAUGCACAUUCCAUAUAACAAAUACACGAAUGAUUUGUAAUUUGUUAAAAAAAUGUCGAAACAAUGGAUAUCAAAUUUUGUAUUAGCUGCUACUAUUAGAUAUUUAUUGAUGAACUCUGGAUACCAAAAAGUUAUCAGUGAUCGUGUGGAAGUAUCAACAGCGUUAAAUUCUUGGAAAAGAGUGACAGAAGGUGUCCAUUUAUAUAAUUUUGGUGUAGACCCUUAUAUAGGAGACUUAUUUCAUGAAACGCCCAUUGGAUUAUACAUUUUUGAUCUUAUUCAAAAAUAUUUACCUCAAUGGACCUUAUUCUUUUUGUUUAUCUUCACUGAUUUGCUGACUGCUUUACUUCUUGCACUUACAGCCAAGCAAUAUGCAAGUGAAUUGGCCUCCAAAAAUGAGAAAGAAAAGUUAAUAGAUGAAGAUAUAAAAGUUCAAGAUGAUAAUUCUACAGUUUCUACUUCCACAAUGUAUGUCUCAGCAGCAUAUUUAUUUAAUCCAUAUAUAAUACUAAAUUGUGUUGGACAUACAACAACAGUAUUCACAAAUUUAUUGUAUUCCAUAGCAUUAAUUUCAAUGACAAAAUGUUCUGUAUUUUGGAGCUGUUUGUCAAUUUCAUUACUUACUUUACAAGGAUUGUAUCCUAUUUCACUCAUGGUACCAGCAACUAUUUACAUAGUUCAUUCUAAGAAUGCAAUCCAAAAACAGAAUACCAUAAUUUCUAUGAUUGUGUUAUUUGUCAGUAUGUUAACAAUCUUAUUCUGCAUUUCUUAUUAUAUUAUGGGAAGUUGGUCGUUUAUUUGGAGCACAACUGGCUUUAUUUUAACAGUUCCCGAUUUACGUCCUAAUAUAGGACUGUAUUGGUACUUCUUUACAGAAAUGUUUGAGCAUUUUAGAUGGCUCUUCAUUGCUUCAUUUCAAAUAAAUGUUGGUUUACUGUAUAUAGUACCAUUAGCAUUGAGAUUACGACAUGAUCCAAUGCUAUUAGCAUUUUCUUACUUAGCAAUUGCUGCAAUAUUUAAAUCCUAUCCUUGCAUUGGGGAUGUUGGAUUUUAUAUAUCUCUAUUGCCACUUUGGAAACAUUUAUUUCAGUAUACCCAACAAGGAUUCAUUGUUGGUUGUUUCAUGUUAUUUUGUACAGUAUUUGCACCCACUGUAUGGUACCAGUGGAUUUAUUCCAGAUCAGCGAAUGCAAACUUUUACUUUGGUGUUACACUAGCAUUUGCAAUAGCACAAAUCUUCUUAUUAACAGAUAUUUUAUUUGCAAGUGUAAAACAUGAAUUUGCAAUACGUCAUGGUAUUAAUAAGGAUGUUAGCGGAAGUAAAACAAAACUACUUUUAGAAUAAAGUUGUACUGUACAAGGUUCAAUAUUAAAUCUGUUUUAUUAAUGCCCCAAUAUAGUUUACAUGAUAUAGAUAUCCAGUUUUUACUGAUUCUAAAAGUAGUUACAAUUUAUUUAUAUAUCAAAUUGAUUAGUCAUAUAUAAACUUUUUUACGCAACAAUUUUUUUGUUAUAACAUAUUGUUAUCCAUUCGUAGUUAAAAAAUGAUAGCUACCAUAUUUUUUUAGUAUCUGCUACUAUCUUGUCGUGAGAAGAUAGUAUAUUACUUCAUGAUAUAAAAAUUAAUUUAUCAAUGUGUUCUUAGAUAUAAUUAACGCUUGCAUCAAGGCUACUAUACCGUUAAUGCAUAGUUUGCAUUAUUUUUAUUACAAUAAUACCACAGUUUUUUCCAAUGUAAAUCUUUACAGAGAACAUUUACACAAUUUUUACCUUUGGGUUUGAUAAAAAUCCAAUAUGUUUUUUACCAUCAUGUUGAAACACUUGGGAACGUGCAGUGCUUAAAAUUAUAAUUUCUUUUUCUUGCCCUUGAAACGAUUCUAUCGUUCCAACAGUUAUGUUUCGUAGAUUUUUCUUAUUUAGUUUCCUUUGAAUCAUAAUUUUUUGUUGCUUGAAGGGUGUUAUGAUGCCAAUAUCAUUCUCUUUAAUUGUAUAUGCACCAAUCUUGGCAGUCAUAAAUUUUGAUACAAAAUUAGAUACCAUCAUAAUUUCUUCUUCAUUGUAAACACUAAGGACAUUGUUUGUUAUAAAUAAUUAUACUAAAUGAAAAUAAAAACUUAAUACAUUCCA